AUGGCGACUGAGCAAAAUGUUCUCACGAUGAAGGAGGUGACAAUCCGCAAACUGGAGAUAACAUACAAGUUAUGGGUGACGCCCGAUGUUUAUGAUCGAUGCCAGGAAGCAGAGCCAAAGACAUCCCCACCUCUUCCACGACAUCGAUCUCUUGUAGAUUUACCAGAUGUUUACACCCAAACCACGACAGGCGAGAACUUCCUCCUUGCUGCAGAUGGCCACCAAGACAAGAUCCUUAUCUUUGCAACUCCUGAGAACUUGCGGCCCCUGUACGAAGCUUCUAUCAAGUAUUGUGACGAGUGUCCUGGCAGCUGUAUCUGUCGAAACAAACAGUGUGUGUCGUGCAAAGAGAACCACUAUAGCCCUGGCUCAGGGUGUUUCGCGACGUGCAGUUUCACAUGUAAGGAGAAGGAAUGUAAUGGUGUUACUGGCUACUGCACCCAUGGGUGUAAAGAUGGCUGGUACGGGUCUGAUUGUGGCCAUAUCUGUACAGGAUUCUGCAGCAGAUGCAACAGAGAAACAGGAUUUUGCGAAAUAACUUCCGGGUCAGAGGAGGAUGGGGGGAGUUUUCUCUUUCCAAGCAAAAUGUUUGGCUUUGUGUUUUGCUUUGUCGUCGUUCUGUGUGUUGGUGCGUUGAUGGUCAACUGUUCGAAGAAACAGAAAAAAUGCAGUGAAUCCCGUGAUGACGAUUCCAAUGACCUUGAAAUGUGGCCGUCGACUCAAACCCAGCUUCACCACUCACAGGACAGUGUUCCAAGUGCAUCAGUGUGGCACUCCGGGAGUUAUGUUUUGGAUGCGGAUACUCCUGGCUGGGGUGAGGAGGAGGAAUCGGAAGAAAAUGAGGCAAUAGCUCAGCACUCCCCCUCUCCCCAACCAGCAUUCCAGGAACCGACACAGCCACCAUACCACGAACCAACACAGCCCCCACACAGGGAACCAGCACAUCCUCCAUACCGGGAACCAGCACAGUCACCAGCUCAUCCUGCACCUUCAGGCCAAACGGACGCUCCACCAGCGUACUCCUCACUCUUCCCUGACACGUCUUCCAAACACUAGCACAUGCCAUUUCACUCGAGGGCAUGUUGUGAUACAACUGAAAUAUUGUUCCAUUACACUCACUCACUACAAUGUAGUUCAGCAGGAUAUGUACCCGGCGUUAGAGGUAACAGUUUAAAAAGGGAGCACGUGACAUGUUUACCUUAUGAUUAUAUAACUGUACUUAUUGAAUGUAUGGGAUUGGAAAUUGUUGAUAAGAUGUUUCUCCAGAGUAAAAAGUGACAUUACUCAGAUAGAAUUUUAAUCAAGAAACAAUAUGUCUUUUGUUCUCUAGCAUAGGCAUUUAGCAUUAGCAUUUCAAGAGAAAUGCAUUUGUUCUAAGAUCAUUGUAUAUAUUUAGCUCUGGGCAAGGUCUAGGUUGUCAGUCAAGGCUCAUAGUUCAAGGUUGUGUCAUGUCAGGUCAUGGCACUAGCAAUUGUUUAUCAUGUGAUCAGUUAUUCUGAUUUUUGAUUGGUUGAUUGGCAAACAAUUGACUCUGCAUGUUGCACCUGAGCAAUUAACCUUCACUUCACAUUGGGACACAGAGAUUGACAGGUGAGCCUUUUUGUUUUGGCAUGACAUUUUUACAGUGCUUGUUAGUACAAGUAAAAUAAGU